UUGGUAUUAAAAUGUUUUCUGUACCACCAACCAUUGUGUUGUUGCUUUUUUGACAUGAUAGAACCCACGUUGCUCUGUUUAAACAUAUACAAAACUUACUUUUGAGAACUGGGACUGACGGCACACACAGCGAAGGUUACAGGGAGAAUUUCCCCCAUUUUUGUUGAGGUGUGAGAGUAAAAGGUUGAGCAGCUGCUGUAGCCGGAGCGACGAGGCCCCAGCCGGACAGCAACACGGGGGAAGCAUGGCCAACAUCGCGGUGCAGAGGAUAAAACGGGAAUUCAAGGAGGUCCUUAAAAGCGAAGAGACGAGCAAAAACCAGAUAAAGGUAGAUCUGGUGGAUGAGAACUUCACAGAACUUAAAGGGGAGAUAGCAGGCCCCCCUGACACGCCAUAUGAAGGGGGUAGAUAUCAACUUGAAAUUAAAAUUCCAGAGACGUAUCCAUUUAAUCCACCCAAGGUGCGGUUUAUCACAAAUAUUUGGCAUCCCAACAUCAGCUCAGUCACAGGUGCAAUAUGUUUGGACAUUCUUAAAGACCAGUGGGCAGCCGCGAUGACACUGAGGACAGUGCUUUUGUCAUUACAAGCUUUACUGGCAGCUGCAGAACCAGAUGAUCCGCAGGAUGCAGUGGUAGCCAAUCAGUACAAGCAGAAUCCAGAGAUGUUUAAACAGACAGCACGACUCUGGUCUCACGUCUACGCAGGCGCUCCCGUCUCCAGUCCUGAGUACACGCGCAAAAUAGACAAACUCUGUGCCAUGGGCUUUGAAAAAAAUGCAGUAAUAGUGGCUUUGUCGUCAAAAUCCUGGGAUGUUGAGACGGCGACAGAGCUCCUGCUCAGUAACUGAAUUUUGACACUUUUCUUCAUCUUCCUCUCGAUCCCCAUCUCUCUCUCUCGCUACACAUACACACCCUCUCUCAUGUAAACUCCCACUGUCUGAAGGCAGGAGUUUGGCUAUUUCUCCAUCACACCGUCUGUUUCAUAUUGGACACACUACCCCCCUCUAUUCCAAAUCCCACUUAUCCCUUCUGUGUGGUAUCUCUGCCCUGCGCUCGUCAUCUCUCCUGUACCACACUCCAAUCCACCGCUCUGUGUGAGCUUGUACCUACAGUUUUUCUUUAAGUUCAUUCAACAUUCCACUCAGUGCUACAAUCAAAAAUCCAAUCACAUCUCGACCUCUUUGCAGCAAAUACCAGACUUUAAGACCCUGCCCGCAUCUGUCAAUGCAUCUCCCAACUUCUUCUGGCUCUGGCCAAGAAGCGGCUGUCAGCAAAUGAUCCUUGCCUAUGCAGUGCAUUCAUUUUCAUUUAUGAUGACCUUUUUUAGGAGAGAAUCAAGCUGUCCAAGGGGCUUUUUUGUCACCUGGUUUUAAUUAAUCUCUGUUUUUGUAAACGAAGAUUAAGCCAAGACCUGAACUUUUAAAUUGGCAUCUUUUUAUUUAAAAUUCCUGGCUCUGUAUCAAUUCAUUCAUCUAAGUGUUUGGGUCCUCUUUGACAGAAUAAGGUGCUUGAAAGUGAAUGAAGUACAGUUUCUGACAUGACAAAAGCUAGGCUCUAGUCUGCUUUACUUAGGAAUAAUGAGCAUCAAAGGAAAAUAUAUUUUUUCCUCAUUAUGCAUGAACUGAGUCUGUAAUACGUUGCACUUCGUGCCCUGUAGGUGAGCUUACUAAGUGUUUUAAGCACCAGUUCAUGAAGUGUCUUCAAGGUGUGCUCACAGUAGCCAAACUCAUCAUCUUAUCCCCCCCACCCCAGCAGUCGACAACUGGCAGCUCCUGCAGGAGACCCCCACCUCCACACUCGUUUCCAUCCCUGUUCUUUAUGUCUUUCUUCACCUCUCCUCCAGAUUUUUUUUUUUUUUAACUUUUAUUUGGUUCUGGCCUCCGACAGGAAUACAUUUGGAUUCUUGUUUUUAAACAGAGAGAAAACAGAAAACGUGUCCAGCAGCAACACAAACUGUGACAAUUCUGAAUAGAAAUGGUUCAUAACAAAUUUGAGGAAUAGUGCAUCACCAUCCAUACACCAAGAAAGAAUAUGUCAGUGAUUCAUCUGUAAAUAAAAAUAUUAAAGUCUGUGUAAAUUAA